AUGGUGGUGGUGAGUGCCAAAUUUCUUUGUGAAGAAGGGAUGCGAAAUGGAGGUCAAUUGCAUAAUUCCAGAGGGUGUGAGUUCAGUGACUGUAUUCUGCUGCACUUCAGUCCUACUCAUGUCCUCCUGUGGGGUCUCCUCUGUGUCCUAUCUGACGGACUCUUCUUCAAAUUUAAUCCCUCAUCUGAAUGCCACAGAGAAAAUAUUGAAGUAUAUGAUGGCCCGACAAUUUUUUCACGUUUUCUAGGACGAGUAUGCAACAGCCAUGAAUCAGUUCCGGUAUUUCAUGCAACAUCUGGAGCCUUAACAUUCCGCAUUACAACUGAUUCCACAGAUUUUGUACGCAACAUCUUUGCAUUUUAUUAUUAUAUUACACCAGACUCAUCUAACAUUAAGGGUUGCGGAGGUUACCUUACUGGUCCAGAUGGAUCAUUCACCAGCCCCAACUACCCCCUGUCACAUCCAGAAUUUGCAUAUUGUGUCUGGUACAUAGAGACAGAAAAACAUUCCACGAUACAUUUAACCUUCAGUGACAUUUUUCUAGAAAUGGAUGAUAAAUGCAGGUUUGAUUUUCUUGCCAUCUAUGAUGGUCCAACAACGUCCUCUGGUUUAAUUAAACAAGUGUGUGGCCUUCAGCCCCAAACAUUUGAAUCUUCUUCCAACGUGAUGACUGUUGCACUGUCUACAGACUAUGCCAAUUCAUACAGGGGCUUUUCUGCCAGCUAUAGAAGUAUACCAAUAUCACAGCCUAACACAUCCCUCAGUUGUUCUUCAGACACAAUGACCGUUACUCUAAGCAAAUCUCACUUGGAGUUACUUGGCUACAAUGGAAAUGAUCUGACCCUGAAUGACCCAGCUUGCAGACCUAUUGCAUUAAACCCAGUGAUAUUUUCUUUUUCACUCAACGGCUGUGGAACACUUAAAAAGAGUGACGGCCACACCAUCUCUUAUAGCAACACUAUUGCUGCCUCACCAAUGGGUGACAUAAUCACCCGGCAAAAACACAUUGAGAUUACUGUGCAGUGUAUCAUGGAAAACAAUUCAACUGUAGAAGUCAUAUAUAUAACCGAAAAUGAAUCUCAGUAUAACACAAGUGCCCUAGGUAGAUACAACCUCAGCAUGUCCUUCUAUGAAUCAGGUUCCUUCUCCACAGAAAUAUUUGAUUCUCCCUACUAUGUAGAUCUGAACCAAACUCUCUAUGCACAAGUCAGCUUGCAUUCCACAGAUCCCAACCUGUUAGUAUUUGUGGAUACCUGCACAGCAUCACCAAACCCCAAUUCAGAAUCUCCACUAUAUGAUUUGGUCACAAAUGGCUGUGCCAAAGACAGUUCUUAUGUGGCUUACCCACUCCUUGAACAUUACGGACGAUUCAGAUUCAGUUCCUUCAAGUUCUUACGGAGUCUCCCAUCUGUUUACCUGCACUGUGAGGUGUUAAUCUGUGACAGCAGCAACCGUAACUCACGCUGUACUCAAGGCUGCAUUUCUCGACAUAAGAGAGAAGUGCCUUUGUACAAAUGGAAAGGGAAAACUAUGGUGGGACCACUCCGUCUGAAAGGAGACCACAACCCUAUUGGUCGCUCAGAUUCUUCUAUUCAAGUCUAUCCUGAAGAGAGCCAGAAUGCACAGUCCAAGAGCAUGAACACACUUACAUUUGUCGUGUUGGUAACAAAUGCUGUCCUCCUUGCUGGUCUAGCAGCAAAACACCUCAUCAGUUGCAAACCAGGACACAGAAACCAGAAACUGCAAAGCUACUAA